GAGUUUAAAGAGUUUGUGAGCAGUUGUGAGUGGCUACAGGGAGGAGACAGGCCUAGGCUCCACCUUCAGGGAGGAAGCUCUUUCUCCAGUUCAAAUUUCAUCUGAAACUGUGUUCCUCGCCAGGCUGCGGUGCCUGUGUCUCUCCCUCUCUCCCUCUUUCUGUCUCUCUCCCUCUCCCCUUGCUGUCUCUGUCUCUCCAGACAUGGCCCUCUGGCUCUCUUGGUCCAUCUCCCUCCUCCUGGCUGCCGGGAGCUGGGCCCAAGAACAGGAGCAAGGCUGGGCACCACUGGAACCAUACGACCGCCUAUUCAGCGCUGCAGUGGAGGCCUACUACCGCAAUGACUGGCAAGGGGUCAUCAUCAACAUGGAGAGGGCCCUGCAGAACCAAGUAAAACUGCGAUGGAUUAAGGUCCAUUGCUGGACCCUCUGCAACAACAACACGAGGUUUGCCAUCUCCAGCAGCGAGCAGAACUUCUUCUUCGACACUAACUUCUUCAACACGGUGCUGAAGAAGGCCGACUGCCUGAAGCAGUGUGAGGAAGAGAAGCUGGGGCCUUACUCCAUGCAUCAGAUCUCCGAGGAGAUGCUAUUUGAGUUCCAGAAGAGGAACCCCUACAAUUACCUGCAAAUGGCAUAUUUCAAGAUUAAGAAAUUGGAUAAGGCAGUGGCUGCAGCUUACACCUUCUAUGUAGUGAACCCUGAACACAUGGAGAUGAGGCAGAAUUUGGAGUAUUACAGGAUGAUGGCUGGCGUGAAAGAUUCCGACUUCAGGGACUUGGAAGCCAAGCCCCACAUGGAAGCUUUCCGUACGGGAGUCCGAUAUUACUCAGAUGAGCAGUUUGAGCCAGCAAUUGAGUUUUUGGAAAAUGCUUUAGGGGAAUAUUUCAAGGCGGACAUGGAGUGUCGUGCUCUCUGUGAGGGUCCAUACAACUUUGACGGUUACAGUUAUAUGGAAUACAAUGCGGACCUGUUUCAGGCUAUAACAGAUCACUAUAUUCAGGUGCUCAACUGCAAACAGAACUGUGUGACAGAGCUGGCGAGUCGGCCUGACAGAGAAACACCCAUUGAUGACUUCCUGCCCACCCAUUUUGACUACCUUCAAUUUGCAUAUUACAACACUGAAGACUACUCCAAGGCUAUCGAAUGUGCCAAAACCUAUUUGCUUUUCUAUCCCAAUGAUGAAGUAAUGAACCAGAACCUACAGUAUUACCAGGCAGUACUGGGAGAAGAACAGGCCGCAUCUCUCAAUCACAGAGAGAAUAUCCAGAGAUACAUCAACAACUCAUUACUGGAGAAGGAGUUGCUGUACUUUGCCAAUGAGAUCUUUGGAGUCACCUUUAUAGAUCCAGACAAGUGGACCCCUGAGGACGUGAUGCCAGUUAAACUCAAAGAGAAGCAAAAGGUGGAACGAGAGACUGCAGCUCGGAUCAGCAAAGAAAUCGGAAACCUGAUGAAAGAGAUUGAGCAUCUGGUUGAUGAGAAAACCAAGGAAUCGUCUGAGAUUGUGAAGAUGGUGAGAGAAGGAGGCCCCUUGCUCUAUAAUGAUGUCAAGGUUACAAUGAACGCAAAACUUUUGAAUGGAACUCAGAGGGUGGUGCUUGACAGUGUGAUCACAGGCAAGGAGUGUGAGGAGCUGCGUUAUCUCUCCAAUGCUGCUGCAUCAAUGGGUGAUGGUUAUCAAGGGAAACCUUCUCCUCAUACACCAAAUGAGCGAUUCCAGGGAGUGACGGUACUCAAAGCACUAAAGCUCAGUCAGCAAGGCAGGAUCUCACUGAAAGCGUCAAAGCUGUUUUACGACGUCAGUGAAAAAGCCCGCAGGAUCAUCGAAUCUUACUUCCGACUGGAAAACCCCCUCUACUUCUCCUAUACACACCUCGUCUGUCGGACUGCAGUGGAAGGAAUCCAAGACAAUCGUGACGAUCUGAGCCACUCAGUCCAUGUUGACAACUGCAUACUAAACUCAGAAGCUUUGGAAUGUCGGAAAGAGCAUCCUGCCUACACUGAGCGGGAUUACAGUGCCAUUCUCUAUCUAAACCAUGAUUUUGAAGGCGGAGAUUUCAUUUUCACUGAAAUUGAUGCGAAAAACAUUACAGCGAAGGUGAAGCCGAGGUGUGGCCGUGUGGUGGGAUUCUCCUCAGGAGCGGAGAACCCACAUGGAGUCCAGGCUGUGACCAAAGGGCAGCGGUGUGCGGUGGCACUCUGGUUCACAUUAGACCCCCGGCAUAAGGAGCGGGAGAGGAUCGCGGCUGACGAUUUGGUGAAGAUGUUGUUUGGGGCGGAGGAGGAGCUGCAGCAAGACGAAGACAUCGUCAGUGCCCCGGGGUCUGAUGAUGUGCCAACUGAGGCCUCACCCGUCGGGUCUGCCCCCGAGCCACCCACCACAACAACACCAGAGUUGGAACGGGAAGAGGAAGAGGCACCGGUGUCCGAAUCCUCCACAAUAAACACAUCAGACCCCUCUCCAGGGGCAACAACUCCUGCCUUAGAUCAGAAAGAGCCAGCCAUUCCGAACAUACCCCCUGAGAAGGAGGAACUGUAAUAUGAUCUACAAGGGCACACAGUUGCACUGCACCAUUCAGUUCCCUGUGUUUUGCUCUUUAGUUGCUACCGUCACGGCCUUCCAGUUCUGGACCUGAAAAACUGUGGAACCUGUUACCUCAUUCUAUCUCCUCUUCCUCUGACAGUCUGCAUGCUUUGAAUCACAGAGCAUGGCAUCUUUUGUUUUUGACCUCCCUGAAUUGUCGCCUCUCCCCGUGACUCCCAACCCUUCAGGUUUGGAGUCUUACCCACCCACACAGCAACAUUCUGCAAUUAUUCCUGUGCAAAGAGUUGAAGUCUCUGAUCUUUAGUACGCAGCCCCAGCGAGAAACACAAAUGUUAAUGUUGUCCAGCCUCAACUAUCUUCACUCCAGUCUCUGCAACAUUUUGUUUUAAGGUUUUAACUUUGUGAAGGAAAUGUGGGUUCAGUGUUGUCCAGUUCCUAUCAGUUGACACUCAAAGCAUUUGUAGACAGCAUCAUUUAAAGGGGACAGAUUGUGACUGUGUUCUCUUGUAUUCCUCUGGCCUCUAUAGGGGUCUGUAUGCAGCUGAACAGUUAGUGGUUCUGUUAUGUCUAAUUCCUCAAACAAAUACUCACUCAGACAUGCUUGCACAUACAUCAGAUUUAUACAGGGAUUAUCCAUUCGCAGUUAGGAGGCAGAAUUCUCAAUUGUGUUCCUUGCCAGGAAGGCAAAUAUAACACUCUCCUGCACAGAUUAGACAGUACAGUACAGACCACAGGUUCGAUCGCGAGCUAUCCAUGCAUAACGUGCAUCAAAGAUCAAUCCUUUCACCCAUGAGUCAAUGGGAGAAUUCCUAUCCUGAAUUCAUAUCCAGCGAAACUGGAAGCUCCUCUGACUGUGAAGUUCUGGUAAGAACCUGGAAAGAGUUAAUUGUGGGUUAGUUCUUGGUGGAGAAUGCUCCACACCAGCAGGUGACCAUUCAUGCAACACUCUAUGGCCACAGAUAAACUUUAAAUCCCUCCUGCCAUGAACUUCAAUAAGGUUUCAUGUUGCUAGUGCUCCUGCUGUUCGGACUCACCCGUUCAAUAAACCAACAGAGGUUGACAUGACCUUUUCCAAAGCUCCUGGAUCAACUAAGGUCAAAGUUGAAAGUCAGAGUGAGCUUUCCAAGGGACAGACUGGGGCUUAGGCCAACACCAGGUUCUGUCUUUCCUGAUGUAUCCAGUAAUGUGAGCUGAGUGUUUAUCAGUAGUGCUAUUGCUAUUGUCAGUGUUCAUUCAAACCAAUUCAACCAGUAUUAAUACCACACACCCAGUCAGUUUGCCCCAUACAAUGCUUUUUUUCUGAUUCACAGAACAUGUUUGUUUAAUGCUUGGUGGUGUUGCUGAUUGCCUAUGGACAUUUUUGUGACCCACAAUAUGUCUUUAAUGCUCUUCUUGAAUGGGUCUUCCAGAAAUCUGCAGUAGGAAACUCACCUCUUGACUCCCCAGAGCGUCUCCAUCAUCUACAAGGCGUGAGGUCAGGAGUGUGAUGCUUUACUCUCUUCUUGCCUGAUUGGGUGCAGCUCCAACAACACUCAAACCUCUUGACACCAUCCAGGAUAAAGCAUCCCGCUGAAUUGGCAUGUUACCCAACUCUUUUCAACAUUGCCUCCCUCAGUUGCCAACCGACAGGGACAGCAGUGUGUGCCAUCUACAAGAUGCACUGCAGAAAUUCACCAAGCCUGCUUGGCAGCAUCUUCCAAACCUGUGACCUAUACCACCUUGAAGGGCAGCAGAGCCAAGGGAACACCACUAACCCUAAAGUUUCACUUCAAGCCACUCACUGACCUCACUUGGAAAUUUCUCUUUGGUCACAUUCCUGGAAAAUUCCAGAACUCCUUUUUAAUGAAACUGUGG